AUGUGCCCAUUUAUGAAGGGCUAGCAGCAAAGGGGUCCACAAUGGCAGUGCUUACAUGCUUAGAAAAUGUGGGUCUAUAAAUUUCGCAAGUUUGCCCUUUGGGUGCUCGGGGGAUCUGUCAUAAAGAAAAGGUAACAGGUAUUGGGGUGUUUUUUUGCAUUUGGCACCCUCUCCCCUUCCAAUAGUGUAAUGUCCUAUUCUGAUGAUCCAUUUUGUCUUUUCUCAUCUUCAUGUGCAACAGAACUCAACAGAACCCAAUGUGUAUGGAUCCAUUCCCAUGUCAACUGACACAUCAGACCCACAGUUCAAUCAACAAGUAUAUUUAAUAGGUUCUAUACCCCCAGAAGCAAAAAAAGAAGCUGGCACAUGGUGUACGGCAAGAAGAAAAAAAAUUGUUUGUAUUGUCUCCAGUGUUUGCGUGCUCAUAGCAGCAGCCAUCAUCAUUGCCGUGCUGUAUUCAAUUUAUGCUCCAAUAACAACUCCAAGAUCAAACUGCCAAAAGGCAUGUGGAACCAGUGGAACCUGUGUCCUUUCUUCCCAGUGGUGUAAUGGGGUAUCUGAUUGCCCGAAUAGAGAAGAUGAGGCUAUCUGUUCAGAAUCAAGGGCAUGUCAGAUGACAUGUGGAAGCUCUGGCAUCUGCGUCCUUUAUACCCAGUGGUGUAAUGGCAUUUCCGAGUGUCCUAGUGGAGAAGAUGAAAAAAACUGCGUUCGACUGUAUGGACCAAGCUUCCAGCUGCAGGCCUAUUCUCCUGAAAAUGCAAUAUGGCUGCCGGUGUGCUAUGACAAAUGGAGUGACAUCGCUGGAAAGACCGCCUGCCAGGACAUUGGAUAUAACAUUAGCACCUACUACACGAGCAGUCAGUUGUUGGCCUCAAGUAAUGGAUAUCUCAUGCUCCAAUCAAGUAAUGUGAUGGGCAAGCUGUACAAAAAUCUUAAUUACAGUGCUACCUGCCCCUCUGGGAAUACAGUUUCAUUGCGCUGUAUAAAUUGUGGUUUGUCUACAAAGGUGGAUAGCAGGAUAGUAGGGGGAACAGUUGCCUUCGCAGGAGAUUGGCCUUGGCAAAUAAUUCUUAUGAAGCAAGUCGGUACUAGUACUUAUUUGUGUGGUGGAUCCAUCAUUACACCAUACUGGAUAGUGACUGCUGCUCACUGCAUAUAUGGGUCUACUUCUACUCCUUCUGCUUUUAAAGUAUUUGCUGGUACACUGGGACUGCAAAGCUUUUCUUCUGCUGGCAAUUUGGUGGGAAGAGCACUCGUGCAUCCCAGCUAUACAUCAACUACACAAAACUAUGAUGUUGCUCUGCUGAAGCUUACAACUGCGCUGGUAUUUACUACUAAUCUCAGACCUGUAUGCUUACCUAAUGUUGGGAUGGCAUGGGCAGAGGGACAACCAUGUUGGAUAUCCGGAUGGGGAACUACAUCAGAUGGAGGCAGUAUUUCCUAUUCUCUAAUGGCAGCUUCAGUGCCUCUUAUCUCUUCCACAACAUGUAACCAAGCGGCUGUUUAUGGUGGCGCCAUCACUUCUGCUAUGAUGUGCGCUGGUUAUCUCAAUGGCGGAACAGACACUUGCCAGGGUGACAGUGGUGGACCUCUAGUUACCAAAACUAACUCCUUAUGGUGGCUUGUUGGUGACACAAGCUGGGGAUAUGGAUGUGCCAAAGCCAAUAAACCUGGAGUGUAUGGGAAUGUUACAGUCUUCUUGGAAUGGAUAUACUCACAGAUGCAGAUAUACAGCUGAUGAAACGAACAUCAUGGGUGGAAGAAAAAAAACAUGAAAAAUGGAAAAUAUAAUGCACAAUGGUUAUUUGCUUCUCUGUUUUUUUAUUUCUCUAAUAACUGUUCUUAGGAGCGGAUACCCAAGAAAAUUUCAACUGCAUAUGGACAGUUUUUGUUUUUUUUUGGACACUUAAAUGGUGCAUUCUUAUUUCAGGUUUCAUACUUUAAAAUUAAUUUACAAAUUCAAUAUAUAUAUAUAUGAAAUAAAAUACAG